AUGGAUUAUGAUGACAAUGACUUUCAAAACCAGAAUCUCCAAUUAGCUGGUGAAGCUAAUAGUAAAUUUCCCCCAGUAUUACAGCCUUAUGCUCUUCCAAAGUUUGAUUUUGAUGAUACCCUCAACACGCAUCUGAGGUUUGAUAGUUUGGCUGAAACUGAGGAUUUUCUUGGUAUCGAGGGUAACGAAGGUAGUAACUGGAUUGAGGAUUUCUCGCGUGGAAGUAGUGGUAUAGUGUUUAGCUCAGCUGCUACUGAGUCCUGUGCCAUUUCUAGGCACACUAAUGUUUGGUCUGAGGCUACUUCCUCGGAAUCCGUUGAAAUGCUUUUGAAUUCUGUUGGACAGGACGAAGUAAUUGUUAGAGAAGAUACUAUCAAGAAAUUUGGCACUUCGGAUGAACUAGGUGACACAAUGGAAGAAAUGGAGCUUGGUCAGACAAACGAUGAGAUGAAUCUUUCGAAAGAGGAAAUAGCGAACGUACAACCCAACGACCCAUCCGUGGAUGAUACUCCAGGAGACUCCUCUGUUUUAAAGACAGAUGCUCUGGUGAAAGAUGACUCACCAACCUUUGCGGAAGAGUCAUCUAUGGAGGAAAAGAAUCCCAUCUUGGAUUCAAAUACGGCGACUGUAGAGGCUGUGGAUACUACUAGUCAUGAUAAGAUAGGGACUGAAACGGCUGAUAGUCUUCUUGACCAAGCCGUUGCAGAAGAGCCAUCCAUGGAGGAAAAUAAUGCCAUUUUGGCUUCAGAUACCGCGACUGUAGAGGCUGUGGAUACUGUUGGUCAUGAUAAGACAGGAAUUGAGACGACAUAUAGUCUUCUUGACCAAGCCGUUGCGGAAGAGUCACCCAUGGAGGAAAAGAAUGUCAUUUUGGCUUCAAAUACCGUGACUGCAGAGGCUGUGGAUACUGCUGGUGAUGAUAAGAUAGGGACUGAAACGACUGAUAGUCAUCUUGAGCAAACGUUUGCGGAUCAGUCAUCUGUGGAGGAAAAGAAUGCCAUUUUGGCUCCAGGAAGCGCGCCUGUAGAGGCUGUGGAUAAUGUUGGUCAUGAUAAAAUAGGAAUUGAGACGACAGAUAAUCUUCUUGACCAAACAGAAGACGAAGCCAACGCAGAAUCAAGGAUGGAAAUUGAUUGUAGCGACGGAACUGUACAGACUGUGGUUACUUGUAGUGAAGUGAGUGAAGAGAAGACUUUGCUUCUAGAGAUUUCUCAUGAUGAAAAUGAUACCAGCAGUAGUCAUUCCCGCGGUGAUCUAAUUAUAGAUGCACCGUCAGUUUUUGUUGAGGCUCAUUCUGACGGCCAUAUAGACUCAGCUUCCGAAGUUGAAAAUGUGGAAGCUAAAACUUUUGGCGAAACUGCAAAGCCUGAUUUCAAGUCAAUGGAGCUAUCUGAUGUCACAUUACUAGAAAGAGGGGACCAAGCUCUCUCUACUCUUGAGGUAGGUGGACAAGACGUUUCAGGGACCCAAUGCCAAGAUAUUCUUGUCAGCAGUGCUCAUACCAGCGUAAAUGUUGAAGCAUCUUUGGAAAUUGCUGUCGAAUCAACAACUCUAACAAGCAGUGUUUCCAUGGCGAAGCCUGAGUCGCUUAGUCAUCAACACAUGGAAGUUACUACAAGUGAACAAGAGUCUACUUUUCAGACUGAGACACAUACACAUAUACAUCUAGUUGAAACUUCAAAAAGUGUUUAUGUUUCACAAAUGGACUCAAAGGUUGAAUCCUUAGAAGGUGGUACUUGCGAGAAGAAUGAUAGCAAUCAAAGUAAUGCUCGGAUUUCGAAUCUCAAUCAAAGCAUUGAAUUGGCUGUCGGUGCCAAUGAUAGAGAUCAGGCCGUCAAGAGCUCUCAGAUACUAUCUGAAAGUGUUGUGUCUGAGUCUGUUGGUCAUAUUUCAGGAGGCUCUUCUUCCAACCUGGCGGAGUCAAAAGACUCUAUUCCAACGGACAAGUCAGGUAUGAUUGACGGGAAAGAAUGUGAGGCAUUUCCCCUCAGUCCCGAAGAGCUACAACAUCCAAGCCAAGAUGGAGCACCUGCUGUCAGUCUCACAUCAUUAAUUGAUUUACAUAUGGUGAAGCCAUCCUCUGAUGCGAAUGAGCAAGGCAGUUUGUCUGAAAAGGUUUCAUCUAGUGAACCUGAAAUUGGUCAAACCGUUCCACCAGUGGAUGCAAGCUGUUCAGGGAGUCAGAUGAACCAACAAGCUAGGAACCAUACCGAAGAUUCUGAGAAAAGUACACAAUUUGUCGAAGGCUCUUCUGCCUCUGAAGGCUCAAAGGAUGACGCUGGACAAGAUUUGCUAAAGCAGCCUGAGGAAACAAUUUUAGAAGAAAAUCGAGUACCGGAAGUUGUAAACGCUCCUGAGACUCUGUCAAUUUUGGAAAAGGAUGACAUAAAUGAUGAGCCUAAUACUAGCUCCUUGGCUAAUCUUGGGAGUGAGGCUGGAAGAGAUGGCCGGGAAGAGGAUAAUACUGCUGCAUCCGGUGGGAUUAUGACAGCUGGGACUUCUGUUUCACACCUGAAAGGUGAUGCAAUCGCAAUAGGAGAUGCCCGUGCUUCUACAUGUUCUGAGCCUUCUGUAAAGUCCCAUGUGAAUGAAAUAGAAAUCGCUGCUACUGAUCUGGGGACUCCUGUUGAUUCUUUCUCCACUGCGACAAACAGUGUCAAAAAGCCAGAAGAUCAGAAUAUUUCGAGUUUUAUGUUUGCCAGAUCUCCGGUUUUGAAUAGAAAUGAGACCUUCAGCAGUGGGAUGAACUUAACUUCCGAUCCGCCGAAAGUAGAGGAAAUUUCCAAAGCAGUUAACUUUCCACAAGCUACCCUUGUCUCUCCGAUACUGGUGGGCUCUCCAUCAACAUCCAACGUAGAGAAAACAGCUGCAAAGUCUUCCAAAACAAAAUCCGAGCGCAAACCCAGGCAAACAUCUAAAUCUGCAGGAAAAGAGACAUCUAGAAAAAGAAGUGUAAAAGGGGCUACUACACCUUUGCAAAGUGGAGGCAAGACAAAUGCUGUUAAUCAAAAUCCUGCUUGCUCUAUUCAGAUUACUCAAUCUACUGAGAAGCAGCAAAGUCUUCAAACCCCUGCUCUAAAAGCUUUUGGAACCCUUUCAACUCCCACAGCAAGUCUACCGGAUCUGAAUUCUUCUGCUCUCUCAAGUAUUUUGCGUCGACCUUUCACAGACUUGCAACAAGUGCAACUGCGUGCACAGAUUUUUGUCUAUGGGGCUCUGAUCCAAGGAACAGCUCCCGAUGAAGCUUAUAUGAUAUCUGCAUUUGGUGGUCCAGAUGGUGGGAAAGGCAGUUGGGAUAAAGCAUGGCGUGCUUGUGCUGUAAGGGCUCAGAAAUUGCAUGUUGCUACUCCUGGGACACCAUUGCAAUCACGUGCAGGGAAGUCAGAGACUCCGUCAGUGGGCCACACCAGUAGCAAAGAGAGCUCAGCGACAAAAUCCAUGAUUCCACUUUCCUCACCUUUAUGGAGUUUAUCAACUUCCCUUGAUACUUCACAAUCAAGUAGCGUUCAAAGAGGCUCAGCUGCUCUUCACCAGCCAUUGCAUUCUUCAACACAUGCUCACCAAACUCCACCAGGUACUAAUAUUGUCGGACAUAAUACCCCUUGGAUGUCGCCUCUCCCUUACCGCACCCCUUGGCUUGCUUCUCCGCAAACCAGUGGAUUUGAUGUUGGUUCUCGUUUCCCCGCUUUUCCAAUCACCGAACCUGUAAAAUCGACUCCCGUGAAAGAAUCGUCCUUGCCUUACUCUGGCGUAAAGCCUGUUCAGAGUGGAACUUCUAGCAAUGUUUUCAAAGGUACACCAACACUUGAGCCAACGAGUACAGUAGUAGCACCUGCUCAACAUUCCACUGGGCCAACAUCAAGGAAACGGAAGAAGAUGCCAGUCUCUGUGGAGUCGGGUCCAAGCAUUUUGAAUUCACUAAAUCAGACAGAAUUAGUUGUCUCACCUCUUGUUUCUAUAUCAACAUCUGCGCCUAUUACAACUGCUCCGCCUAAUCUAGCUUCUAAUGCUGGCACCGUACCCAAUGUUGUUUCCUUCACUGCAGUCCCUAUGAACCUGGCAUCUGCGUUCCCUGGGAAGAGAAUUAAAUCAUCUUUGCCAUCUCCAAUUUUUUGUGGUAAUCUUGUACCUGAAGUUAAGCAGAGAUCUGUCUUCUCAGAGGAUACAAUUGAUAAACUUAAGGAGGCCAAGAUGCAUGCAGAGGAUGCAUCUGCUCUUGCUACUGUGGCUGUUAGUCACAGCGAAUACGUAUGGAAGCAGAUAGACCAACAAAGGCAUGCUGGUCUCCAGCCCGACACUCAAGGUAUAUUAGCUUCGGCUGCUGUUGCUGUAGCUGCUGCUGCUGCGGUGGCUAAGGCUGCAGCUGCUGCUGCUAAUGUUGCAGCUAAUGCUGCAUUGCAAGCUAAAAUGAUGGCUGAAGAAGCAUCCCUUCCAAGUGCUUCUGAUCAGGGUAAUGAACUCCCCAAGUGGAAUGAUAAUAUUAUUCCAGGCCAGGGUACCCCUGCUUCUAUGUUGAAGGGUGAAGGUACAGGGAUGAGCUCCAAUUCGGUUCUUAUUGCUGCGAGAGAGGCGUCUAAGAAGAGGGUUGAAGCUGCCACAGCGGCCACUAAGCGAGCUGAAAAUAUGGAUUCCAUUGUAAAAGCAGCAGAACUGGCAUCAGAGGCGGUUUCACAAGCUGGAAUACUCGUUUCAAUGGGUCAGCCUCCGUUGCUCAAUAAGCUCGUGGAGGCUGGGCCUAGUAAUUUCUGGAAGCAGGCUCAAGAAUCUCAGGAAGUGCAGCCCUGUAAAAACGGUGGGUUAGAAAAAGAAAAUGUGGCUACUAGUGAUGGAACUUUUGCUAGUCCCAGAACUGUGCAGACCGAGUUGGGUGGUUCUGUGAGAAUGGCAGAUGGUGUAUCUGGUCCAGUUUCUGCCACUGGAGUGAAAACAAAGGGACAAAAGGGUCAUAGAGAUGCAGACUUGGCUAAAAACAAUGCUUUAGUUUUUGGAUCAGAAGUUGGGUCGAAAUCUUCGAUUGACACACAAAAUGAAAGUGAGCAGAUUAAGAAAUCAACAAACGAUGAGGACAUCAAGGAGGGUUCUCAUGUAGAGGUUUUCAAGGAAGGACCUGGAUUAAGAACUGCAUGGUACUCUGCCAAUGUAUUGAGCUUAGAGGAUGAUAAAGCUUACGUGUUGUUCAGUGACCUUACUGUAGAACAAGGAACAGAUAAGCUGAAGGAGUGGGUAGUCCUCAAAGGUGAAGGUGAUGAGGCCCCUAAAAUAAGAACUGCUCGUUCUGUUACUGCCAUGCCAUAUGAAGGAACCCGGAAGAGACGUAGAGCAGCCAUUGGGGAUCCUGUUUGGAAAAUUGGUGAGAGGGUAGACUCGUGGGUGGAUGACAGUUGGUUGGAGGGUGUUAUCACGGAGAAGAACAAGAAAGAUGAAAAUACAGUGACUGUUCAUUUUCCUGCACAAGGAGACACUUUGACGAUCAAAGCUUGGAAUCUUCGUCCUUCUCUUGUGUGGAAAGAUGGAAAGUGGAUUGAAUGUUCUAGUACAGGAGAAAACGCUAGCUCGUCACAUGAGGGUGAUACGCCAAAGGAGAAGCGUCCUAGAUUAGGAACUUUCACACCUGUGGCUGAAGGAAAAGACACGACGAGUAUGAAGAUGGUUGAUGAUCGAGACGUGGGGAAACCAGCUCAGACUGGUCUCCUUGACUUCAGUAUUUCAGAGAACACAUUUAACAUUGGAAGGAGUACCAAAGAGGAGGACAAACCCGAUCCACUCCGAAUGAAGAGAACCGGUUUGCAAAAGCAGGGAUCAAAAGUGAUUUAUGGUGUCCCUAAACCUGGAAAGAAAAGGAAGUUCAUGGACGUAAGCAAACACUAUGUUUCAGAGGCGAGCACUAAAACUCAACGGAAGGAACCAGCCAAGCCUGUAAAAUCGGUUGUGCCCCAAAGUUCAGCUACAGGGAGCUGGAGAAUGCCUUCUAAGACGAUUUCCAGAGAGAAACAGACAACAAUACCGAAGCCCAGGAGUUUUAAACCACCGCUCAAGACCAAAGAGAAACAAGGUCCUGCAGCUAGGAUAGCUCCCCGCAAGGACUUGCGUAAUACAACAGCCUCAAAUAUGGAAUCCGAUGAUGAGAGUGUAGAGAACAAGGCUCCUGCGUCUGGACUUCCAUCAAAGGGAGCAGUGGAGGAGCAAACCCCAUCAUCCUCGCAAGAUAAUAAAGAGCAAGCCGCCCCUGCUGCACGGAGGUUACCCAAGAUCGAAGAGGGUAAGGCCUUGGCUGAGAGUUCUUCAAAACAAUCAGAAGGAAUGGAGCCAAGGAGAUCUGUCCGCAGGAUUCAGCCAACUUCUAGACUACUUGAAGGUCUACAAACGUCGAUGAUGACCUCGAAGAUUCCUUCCAUGUCACACAACAAAAGUCACCCAAGUCAAAGCAAAAAGCAAGUGAAGGAAUUGCACAUAAGACCAUAUAAAUGGAGGAAACAAAAAGAGGCAGUCUCAGCUGCUGUUAGAUCCGCCCUCAAAUCCUCAGGGCUCAAGUCACCCACCGGAACUGGAUCAACCGGAUUUCGACUUCCUUCUCAACCGUCUCGCCAAUUCUCAUUCUCCAGGUGUCCAUCUGAGCUGGGAGGUGUUCAGUCGCUGUUACCGCUGCACAGCACGGUGGCGGCGGCGCGGCUGACGUCUUGCCUAAGCACAAGUUCAAGGAACAGCCGAGCUCUCUCUCAGGGUACACUCUGCUGCACCUCUCCCGACCUCUAA